UACUUUUUUAGAGACCAAACAAUUCAGAUCUUUAAGUUAGUUUCUUUUUUCUUAUUGGUAUUUAAACACAUCUUCUCUUCCAUUUUCUUCAUCAUCCUAUUCUUCUCUACAACUUCUUCUGCAUAAAAGGGUGAAUUGGUUAAAAAUGGUGAAGAUUUGUUGCAUUGGAGCUGGUUAUGUUGGAGGUCCAACAAUGGCAGUUAUUGCACUCAAGUGUCCGGCAAUCGAGGUAGCCGUGGUCGAUAUCUCGGUCUCUCGGAUCGCUGCGUGGAACAGCGACCACCUCCCGAUCUACGAGCCCGGGCUCGACGAUGUGGUCAAGUCAUGUAGGGGCAAGAAUCUGUUCUUUAGCACUGAUGUUGAGAAACAUGUUGCUGAGGCUGACAUCAUCUUUGUUUCGGUUAACACACCGACGAAGACGCGCGGUCUUGGCGCCGGGAAAGCUGCGGAUCUCACGUACUGGGAAAGCGCUGCUCGUAUGAUUGCUGACGUGUCGAAAUCUGAUAAGAUUGUGGUCGAGAAAUCGACGGUUCCUGUGAAGACAGCAGAGGCUAUAGAAAAGAUCCUGACCCACAAUAGCAAAGGGGUGAAAUACCAGAUCUUGUCGAACCCGGAGUUUCUAGCCGAAGGGACCGCGAUAGAAGACCUUUUUGCCCCUGACCGCGUGUUGAUCGGAGGGAGAGAAACCCCUGACGGUCAAAGGGCGAUUAAGGCAUUAAAAGAUGUUUACGCCCAUUGGGUGCCAGAGGAGCGGAUCUUGUGCACUAAUCUUUGGUCGGCUGAGUUGUCCAAACUCGCCGCCAAUGCAUUUUUGGCACAGAGGAUCUCCUCUGUUAAUGCCAUGUCAGCGCUCUGUGAAGCUACAGGCGCUGACGUGGCACAAGUGUCCCACGCAGUGGGAAAGGAUACAAGAAUCGGGCACAAAUUCCUGAACGCCAGUGUGGGGUUCGGCGGAUCUUGUUUCCAGAAAGAUAUCCUUAACCUCGUCUACAUUUGCGAAUGCAACGGGCUACCCGAAGUCGCUAACUACUGGAAACAAGUGAUCAAAGUCAACGACUACCAAAAGACCCGAUUCGUCAACAGGAUCGUUUCUUCGAUGUUCAACACCGUUUCAGGCAAAAAGAUUGCGGUUUUCGGGUUUGCAUUCAAGAAAGACACUGGCGACACACGCGAAACCCCCGCUAUCGAUGUUUGCAAAGGGUUGUUAGGGGAUAAGGCCCAUUUGAGCAUUUAUGAUCCACAAGUGACUGAAGAACAGAUCCAGAGGGAUCUUUCUAUGGACAAGUUUGACUGGGACCACCCGGUGCACUUGCAGCCCAUGAGCCCGAGCUCGGUUAAGUCGGUGAGUGUGGUUUGGGACGCGUACGAGGCGGCUAAGGGCGCGCACGGGCUAUGUAUACUGACCGAGUGGGACGAGUUCAAGAACCUUGAUUACAAGAAGAUCUUUGACAACAUGCCGAAACCGGCAUUUUUGUUCGAUGGAAGAAAUGUGGUGGAUCCUCAGAAACUAAGGGAGAUUGGGUUCAUUGUGUAUUCUAUUGGGAAGCCAUUGGACUCAUGGUUGAAGGAUAUGCCUGCAAUGGCAUAAUGUUGGAGGUUUGAUACAUUGAGAGUUAUUAUGUUCUUGUUUAGUAAAUGUUUUUUUUUGUUAUUUUGAUUUAGUAAUGUUGUGUGUUCUUCAUGUUGUUCAAAAUAAAAUAUUUAAAUUUCUUGA